GAGAUCAUUUUGGCAAAUUCUACCUUGAAAUCUUCAAGAUAACUUCGAAUAAUCAAGCAACGUUUCAGGAUGCCACUUCUCGCUCUUGCCAACGAACUUCUCAAUGCGAUCAUCGAAUUAUCUGACUUUAGCGAUGCACGCGAGCUCUGCAAGACUUGCCAUCUGCUGAAUAAACUUGCUACGCCUCAUUUGUAUUCUGCAGUUACCUUCGAUGAAAAGAGUGAAGUCAAUUCUCCAGAAGGUCCUUGCCCCUACUUCUUCCUUCGCACUAUAGUCAAUCGCCCUGAUCUUGCGAGAUUUACAAAGACCUUCAAAUGUGUAUGGUUACUACGUGCAGAUCUCGAAAAGAUCCGGAGAACAUUCCAUCGCAAUCUAGGUGAUACCAAUCCCGCUCCCGACUUAUGGGAUCUCGUUUUAACCAAGGUCAAUGAGGCCAGCGCUAGCAAAAAGCAAGCUAAACUCUGGCACACAGCUAUCAUGGGGUUGAGGUAUAGCAGGGCACCGGGCAGUGACGGUGUCUUCGCAUUCAUUGCCUGUCUUCUCCCCAAUCUGAAGGAGAUUCAUAUGUCCGAGGGAACAUUUAAUCGUGGUGGAAAUGCAGGUAGCAUUGACCCUACUGCAAAGUUCUUCGCCCCUCUGUUUGCACGCGCAGUAGCACUUCAGAUAAAGCAGAGAGCAUCUGAACAUGAAAUCUCGCCAUACUCUAUGUCCAAUGUAACCUCCAUGUCAAUAAAGAACAUUUCGCACGAAGAUGUACCGCUUUCAAAGAUCGUACAUCGUCUUGAAUUGUCAUCAAUUAGAAAGUUUGUCGUUCAAGAUGCCAAUGACUUUUUCCCGGCAACCUCUUUCAGCAUUCCCGAAACAUUUACUUCCCGAGUCGAGGACCUGCGAUUUGAACGUAGUGUGUUGCACGCUGAAAAUUUUAGAAAACUCCUGAGCGCCUGUUCAUCACUUCGCAGGUUUUCGUUUGGGCACCACAGCAUCAAGGUUCUGUUUCAUCCCAUUGAGAUGAUUGAAGGCUUGAUGGCCAGUAAGGAGACACUCGAAUUCAUUGAAGCUAGAGUGUCAAAAGAAUACAUAAACUACUAUUUGCUUGACAUUGUGUUCGUCAGUCGACCCUGUUCAUUUGCAAACUUUACAAAGUUAAAGGAGAUAGUCGUGAGCGCUGGGCUUAUUCUUUAUGAUCGGAUUGGAGGAAUACCUUCAAAAAAUACUAAAACUGAUCACAUAGGAGCCUUUUUACAACGCAUCCCUCGGAGUCUCCAAAAGCUCACAUUGAAAGACUGCUACCUUUAUAAUCACAAAGCAUCUGCAGCAGUCAUGGCAUUGGUCAGAGAGAAGGAAAUAUAUGCUCCAGAUCUCAAGUACAUCAGCUUGAGUUGGAGAGAUUGUUAUCCUGAACAGAAAUGUUCGAGGAUGGAUGAUUUGAUCGAGGAAUGUAAGGUAGGAGGGAUUGAAUUAGCAUUACAUUUUAGUCCUUGCACAUAGAAUUAAGUAACUGAUAGAGCGCCAGAGAGCUACAAAAGGGGUAUCCGUCUUUCUCGAAAUAUAAAGCCAAUUUGAUCAUGGCAUCAGUAGAGAUAGAUGGAAGUUUAGCUUAUAGAGUCUCCAUCACUUUUGAACAAAUACGAAAGACUCUUCACUACUA